CACGUCUCCAUGUGUUGACGGAGUUGGCGACGGCGAGAUCGAUUUUGAUGUUAUUCCGUUCUGAUUAAAACGGAAUAUUUAUUAACAUGAUGGAAGAGCACGAAGACGAUGCAGGCAAAGAGGAAGAGAAGAGAUCGCUGGACAAUGCACUUAAGGCGAGCAUUGACUUGGUGGCUCUCAAUAACAAGGUUGUCUGUAUGAGAGGCACUGUAAAGAAAGCAAAGAUCUACACUAUCCGAAAACUGAAGAAUCGUCUGAGGCUGCUGAAGGAGCGAAAAGGUAACUCUGAAGAACUUGCCAAAGACCAAAGAAGAUUGAAACGGUUUAGAGAGGAAAUUCAUGUAAUAAGGCAUCUGAAAAAGGACAUCAUAUCAAAAUAUGCACUGGGCUGUACAGACACUGUUCAUGGUCUCUGCAACAAUGAGAAUGAUGUGGCUAUCGAGAUCAGAGCUUUGACGCGACUCGCAGAACACAAAUUGAUGCAGAUGUCAAUCAAAAAGUUCCGAGAUGAGCACGAGGACUGGAAGUCUCUGGCGGCUUUCCUACUUACAAAACAGUCUGGACGCAGGUUUAAAAAAAAUCAGGGACCAACACCCAUUGAAAAAAUGAUUACAAAUGUGAAAACAGGUCAACUUAUGGUAAAAACAUACCUUCAGGAUAAACUGGAAAGGAAUGUGGAUAUUCCAAAGGACAAAAACAUCAGAAAGAAGAAAAACUCUGUGGAGGAGGACACCAUGUCGGGCAGUGAAUCUGACAACUCAAACAGCAAUAUUGUGGAUGCAGCAUCUGUAGUUACUGAUCAUAACAUUAAGAGUUCUAAAACCCCUAGAAAGAGCCCCUUAAAAUCGAAGUCUACUGAAGCAAAAUUCAAAGAAUCUUCCUUAAACGUCAAAAUGAAAAAGGCUGCAUCUAAGAAAAUAGAAGUGGUAAAUUUCAAUUCAAAAGAACUUGAUGACUCCGAGUGUGUUCCUAAUCUAAUGGACGACUCUCAGAAACAAAGAGACUUGGUAGCCCAGUUGAGGGGUAUCAGUGACGAGGAGAGUAAUUCCGAAUCUGAAAUGGAGGAUAGUGAGGAGGACACCAGUGAACAGGAAGGAGAAGGUAGUGAUGAACCAGGUAGUAGUGGAGUGAUAUCGCCAAGGAAACAAAACAUGGGAAAAGUCUGUGGUGAAAUGGUGGUAAAAAAAUUAGACUUGGAUGAUGAUGUUGUUGAUGAAAGUUUCAUGACAGGACAAAAGGUUGAAAUAUUUAGUGAUGAAAAAUCAUUAACAAAAAAAUCAAAACGCAAAAAGGCUUCAGAUUCAUUCUUUGUUAGGAGUGAAUCUUCUGAUGAGGAUGAGGGAACAGAAAGUGAAGAGGAUGAAGAGAAUGACGAUGAAGAAUCCAAUAAUUUCAGUAAUGAAUUGGAUGAACCACUUGGAAAUCCAGCUUCAAAAGGGAAAACAGCAUUACGAUCCACUUUCAUGUUUGCUUUAAGCGACUCUAAAAACAAAUCUAAAAGUUAUGGUGGACGUGGCAAAAAAUGGGAGGGGCCAGAUAGGGGUGGAAGGUCAGGGGGAAGGGACGAGAGUGGGGGGUACAAAGGAGGGGGCAAGGUGCUACAUGGAAAUUACCGAGGAGGGAUGAGGGGCAGUUAUGAUGACAGAAAUACAGGCCAUGGAAACUUUGACAGGAGCCAAGGAAGGGGAGGAUUUGAUGGAUAUAAGGAGCGUGGCAAUUUUGAUGGAAAUAGGGGACGUGGCAGUUUUGAUGGAAAUAGGGGGCGUGGCAGUUUUGAUGGAAAUAGGGGAUAUGGAAAGUUUGCUGGUGGUAGAGGACAGAACUUUGACAGACAAGGAGGACAUGACUGGAAAUCUGACCAAAAAGGAUUUUCCUCAAAGUAUGACGCAUCACAGAGUGUACCAGAUAAAUCAGCGGAUGUGGGCCAAAUUCAUCCAUCAUGGCAGGCCAGUAAGAAACGAAAGGAGCAAAGUGGAAUCCAGUCUUUCCAGGGCAAGAAAAUUAAAUUUGAUGACUGAAGACCAGUGCUGACGGGAUAUACCUGAAAGGAAUACUGUAACAUUUGCAAAGAAUUUCAUCGCAUACAAUCAUGUUGAUUUACAUCUAAUAAUGUUUAACUUUUUAAUUUUGUCAUUUUCAUCUGUAGAAUGCUGUUACUGUUAUGUCUAGUUUCUUGUGAUAAGAAAAAUCAUUGUCCAUCCUUUGGUUUUUGUAUAUUUUAAUGACAAGGUAGAAUAAAUCUUGUACAUGAA